CGUUUGAACGUUGAUCAAACCCUAUCGUCCGAGAUUCUGAUAGUACAAAAAAUGGUCAAAUCCGGGCAAACUUUCACGGGUUCAAAUCACGGUAAACUUGAAACAAAAAGGUCAAAACAGGAUUUUGGUCCCCGGUAUUCAGGUUUCAGUACCGAUGCAGCUUUGGUCGAAAAAUAGCAAGCGAUCUCCAUAUCACUGUGGCACAUUACCCUCUGCAAAUUCAGAAUGGCUUUCCCAAGAUAAAAAUGGAUCCGAUCUCCAAUGCGCGAGUGCUGCACAAUAACGAGGCAAUAAAUACCGAUCACCUCUCCCUUGCCCCCAUUUACCUUCCGUCGCAGUGACUUCCACCACCGCACCAUCCCGGCGGUCCACGGAUCUCCUCCGAACACCUUAACCCACCGCCAUUAAUCACCAUGUCCAGCAUCUCGGGCACACACAUCACGGCCACGGCAUAGCCUACGCCUGCCUACCAUGGACGCCUCGUCGUCGUCCACCCCCGCGGCGGCGGCGCCGCCGCCGCCCACGAACUCCGUGCUCGACACCAUCCAGAACAAGCUGAGCCCGGGCGUGCUCCUCAUCGUGGCCAUCCUGGCCAUGGUGUUCUUCAUCUUCGGCCUGCUCAACCUGCUGGUGCAGAACAUCCUCCGGCUGCGGCGCGCGCGGCGGCACCGCCUGCGCGUCGCCGCGGGCGACGUCGACGGCAGCAGCCCCACGGCGCUCCAGGGCCAGCUGCAGCAGCUGUUCCACCUCCACGACGCCGGGGUCGACCAGGCCUUCAUCGACGCGCUCCCCGUCUUCGUCUACCGCGCCAUCCUCGGCGCCCGCAAGGGCGGCGGCGACCCCUUCGACUGCGCCGUGUGCCUGUGCGAGUUCGCCAUGGACGACGCGCUCCGGCUGCUGCCCACCUGCGGCCACGCCUUCCACGUGCCCUGCAUCGACGCCUGGCUGCUCUCGCACUCCACCUGCCCGCUCUGCCGCGGCAGCGUCCUCGACCUCUCGCCCGCGUCCAGCCCGGUGGUGCUCGUCCUCGAGUCCGACGGCCGCGCCGACACGGCCGCGGAGGCGCUGGGUGGAAGGGACGACCAUGAGAAUGAGGCGUCUCCGAAGGCAGAGGAGGUCGUCGAGGUGAAGCUCGGCAAGCUCCGGUGCAUGGACGGCAGCAAUGGCGGUUCAGGGCAUCUCGCCGCCGAUCAAACCGCUGGCAGAGACGACCUUGGACGUAGGAGGUGCCUGUCCAUGGGAUCCUACGAGUACGUCAUGGACGACCACGCCGCGCUCCGCGUCGCCAUCAAGACGCCGGCCAAGAAGCGCCCGAGGUCGCGGCGCCGGCACGCGCUCUCAGAGUGCGACUUCGGGAGCGACGUCGCCAAGAGAGGGGCGUGGGAGGCGGCCGUGAAAGAGGCCGCCGCGCCGGAGCCCGCCGGAGCGCGUCGCGGCGACGACGCGAGGCUGAGCAACAAGGACAGCUUCUCCGUGUCCAAGAUCUGGAUGGUGCGCGGCGCCAAGAAGGAGGACGGCCGGGCACUGGCCGGCGCGAGGCGGUCCGUGUCGUUCCGGUGGCCGGCGAUGGCCGAGGCGAGCAGGAACGAGGGCGCCGACGACCGGGAGCGCCGGGACGUGGAGUCGCAGUCAGGAAGCUUCGGCAGCAGCGGCGCCCCGUCCCUUGCGGAGGAGAAGCUGCCGCUCGCGCGGACGAGGACGGCGCCGCUCUGGGCCGCCGGCGGGUGGCAGGCGAACAGCAGCAGCGCUGGGAGCCAUUCUUGAGCCGCAUUUGAUUUUUGCACAUCUUCUUCUUGAAAUUCAGUUUGCAAUUUGAACGCAGAAGAUGGAUUUGUUUUUCCUUGUGCUAUUCUUUUUUUCUUUUGCUUGUUCAGAUUGAUUGUAGUUACAGGAACUGCGUUGUUUUACGACUACGAUCGAGGAAUUGACGCACAGAUAGCAGAGCAAAAACACAUUCUUGCA